AUGGUAUCUCAGAACACCUCAAACGGGGAUCAUUUCUCCUUUGCGAAGAUUGCUGCCAUGCCUGCACCUCCCUCUCCCCACUCGCCGGUGGCAUCCAACGAGACCAAUACGGGUCAACCCGCCAAUGUUGCCGUGUACGCCGAGACAUUGGAUUCUAAUGCUUUGGGACCUGGCCCACACACUCUAAACGCUGUCAAUGACCAGAUUUCUCUCUCCAGUCCCGGUGGUAACGUUCUGGCUAGAGCUAUGGAAGGAAUUGAUCUUAGCCCGCAAAAGGACCGUCAGGGAUCUGGAUCCUCAAGCGAUGGUCAGGAGAACGGUCUUUUAAAGCAUGAAAAUUCCUUCGAGGAUGACCGAACUCAUCUCUCUACUUCAUCCACAAAAAUGACCAACUUCGACUCUAAGAGCUUAGCGUCGGUGACAACCUUUGCUAUGGACGAGAAAGAUUCUGUUCGGCCUGACGACAGUGCCAGUGUGCAAGCUAUUGACGAAGAAGAGUCUCUGUCCGGAGCUGCUUCUCUUGCUCCAGACUCGGUAACGGGCUCGGAAACCAGUGGACGUGUAUUCCGUGACCACUUCCGCGACAACAUUGCUCUACCCCCGCGCGGGAUUCUUCCCAACCCUGUCCCUGGCUUCAGCGACAGCAACUCGCAAGGUCCUGUCGUCAUCCCCUCAGACUCGGUAUCGAACAAUUUUGUGGUUCCGAUCAACCCUGAUAAUACGCCAAAUGGCCAGGGCCUUCAUUCAUUCCCUCUCCAUCCAGACGAGAAACUCAUAACAGCUAUGGAAAACCCCAAGGAUCGUCUGAUGGUCCUCACAAUAGAAGAAAAGGUCCGCGCAUUCAUUGAAUAUUCCAGUGAACAAUCCUUGGAACUACCCCCAAACAAUUCCUAUGGCCGACUUCUCGCGCAUAGACUAGGAGAUUAUUACCACUUAACGCAUUUUGUGGACAACAACGUGACUUCCGUGCGCCUCCACCGAACGCCUUUCUCCAGACUCCCCACGCCCCUUUCCGAACUGUUUCCAGCUUCCAAUGAAAAACCCUCUCACCCUAUGCCGACGAAAAUCAUGCGUCGGACAGAUGGAGGACGGCCUUCCGCCGAAGGUAGUGUGGCAGCAAGUUCAUCUGUUCCAUCCAAGGCGGCGUCAGAGACCGAUGAUGCGGGUCAGGAUGGAGACCGCACCGGCUCAGCGGGCUCAAUGUCUGCUAAGGACCGUAUGGCCAUGACACGGGAAGAAAGGGAGGCCAAAUACGCAGAAGUGCGUGAACGUAUCUUCCGCGACUUCCCCGAAAGUGCCAAGUCAGAGGCUAGCGGUGACUCUACUACGAACAUGUCCCGCUCAAGCUCGACCACUGGACGCAAGAAAGCUCAGAAACAGCGCACUCCUCAUGAUGACGGCUUUGAAGCUCGCUCCCAGUUCAAUCCUUACUAUCCCGGGAUGCAGUACAGCAAUAACGGUUCCUCGGCAUACAAUCCAUCUGCAAGCGAUGGCUCAUAUGCCCAACAAGUUCCAUACAUGGUUGGGCCGGGUGUCUCGCCGCCUAGCGGUGGCUACAUGUCUGCUGGUCCGACCAAUGCGAUGUACUCGGGCCAGGGAGGUAUGAACAAUGUCCCACAGUUCCCAGCGGCAAUGUCGCCGCAGAUGGCCUCUACUGCCCCAUGGCAAGCUGCGAAUGGACCACAGCAAUCUCCAUUUCCUGGGUAUUCUCCCAUGAACCAGCCAGCUAUGAUAGGGCAACCGGCAUCCACCAAAUCUUCGCCAGCUAUGAACAACUUUCCCACCCCUCAUUCGCUGCAGUUCCAGCAGACUCCUGGUUGGAACCCAGGCCCUUUCCCUGGAAAUUAUCAGCAAUCACAGCAUCAACGUACCCAACAUCCGGCACCUUGGUCCAACUACCAACCACAGCCUAUGACCCCGAACAUGGCCACCUAUUCUUAUGCCCAGUAUCCAGGGCAGCAUAUGGACUCUGCCCUCCACAAUGCUGGGAACCCAGCGAUGGCAGGCAAUUUCCCAAGGUCCCACUUCAAUCCCCAGACACGCUCGUUUGUCCCGGGAAGUGCUGGGACGCAACGGCACCCGGGAAACGGUGCGCAGCACCCAACGCAGCCGUACGGAAAUAGAGCUCACGCUGUGCAGCUCAAUUGGCCUAGGUUCCCAGAGUCUAUCCCCAAUCACAGUCACGACCACUCCCCGAAUGCCAAUGGAACUCGCAACCCAAGCACAACCCCACAAACCUCUAUUGCUAAAUGGGGCACCCCAUCCCACUUACCUCCCAAACCGCCUCCAUCUGAAGUCUCCUCAGGCUUUGAGCUUAAACAUCACGCUGCAUCCGCUGGCCUUCCCGCUCCAGCAGUUGCCAGUAACGGAAUUCCCAACCCCGCGAAGAACGGACCCCUGGUCGUUUCUGGAGGGACGACCGCGUCGAGGAUGAACUAG